AUGAGUUUGUCUAGUAAAGCAAAAAAAUAUCUUCAUGAAUCGUUACAGCAACAGUGCUUAAAUCAAAACUCUUCUGAUAGAAACGAUACUGCGUUUUUAGAUGCAUAUCGUCCUGAAGAGAUUUAUUCUCAAUAUAUAAUUCGGAUGGCAGGAAAAGGUUAUACAGUGAUCGAUCAUCCCUUUGAAGUUUAUAGAAUACCUGAUACCCACGAAUGUAUCGAUGGAAACCAGCCCCUUCGUUUAAUAAUCGAUAUUGAUGCAAGGCAAAAGCCUGAUCCUACUAAUUCUAAACUUCCUUCUCUAGAUGGUGAAAAAAUUACUCGAGAAGAUUUGUUAUCUCAAAUUUUAGUUGCUUGUGCAGAUGCAUUAAGCCUUAUUCCAGAAUAUAUGCCUUUCUUAAAUUCUUUUGCGUUAGCAAGUUCAUCAAAUACUGGGAAAUGUAGUUGGCAUAUUAUUUAUCUUCGUGCCCAAUUUGUAGAUUAUAGAGAACUUAAGGGAUUCACAGAAAAGGUUAUAGAAUUAGUUGGAAAACCUUAUUCGAAAUUUAUUGAUAUCGGUCUUCCUAAAACACAUUUUAAUCUUUGGCUUCUAGAAUCAGCAAAGGAAG